CAGAAUUUAAGGCAUAUGAUAAUGUUUAUCGCAAUAAUCAGUAAAAUCUAUACGUUCUGAAAAAUGACGUUUAUUCUAUAUUUACUAAACGAAACAACGACCGACGUAUGUCUAAUUUAAUGUGGAACAUUUUUCAUAUGGAUAUCCUUUUUAAACUGUUGAAAAUAUAGCUUGACGCUAGUGUAGCACUGACUUCUGUUGAACGCAGCUAUUCCUUGCUGUCAUAGUUACCAUGGAAAUUAAAGCGUAAACAAAAUGUAUCUGUACCAGUUAUAAUAUAACCCACGUAAUUUCCAUCGCAACGAACAUUACUCUAUUUUAUCAGUAUAGCAAAUUACUUAUUAUUAAUAUAAUUUGUUUUGCUCGGAUUAAAUUAACUUAAAUUUGUUUAUAAUAUUGUUUAAUUACGAAAAUCUCUAUUGUACUUUUUUGCUUCUAUUAAAUAUUUUAAAAGUGUAUGUACAUAAUACAUUAAAAGUGUCAAGAAAAAAUUUAGUAUGAAAUUCAAGAUAUCAAUACAUGAAGAUAAUGGACAUAAAAGAUUACUCACUUGUGUUGCAUGGAGUUCAACAGAAGAAAUUUAUUCUUGUGGGGAAGAUCAUUUAUUAAUAUGCUGGCAUUUAGAAGGUGGUACUGCACAUUCCACUGUUGUAACAGAAUUUCCAAAUGAUUUUUAUCCUACCGAUAUGCAAUGGCACCCACGACCCAAUCAAACUGCUUCUGUUGCUAAAAAAUCUUCUUUAGAUGUAUUAUUAAUUACUACAGCUGAUGGAAAAUACCAUUUGGUUAAUAAAAAUGGUCGUAUUGAAAAAAGUAUUGAUGCCCAUAAAGGUGCAACUACGGUUGGUAAAUGGAGUAUUGAUGGUUCUGCAUUAUUGACAGCUGGGGAAGAUGGAUUAAUCAAGAUUUGGUCUCGCAGUGGUAUGCUUCGAUCUACGUUGGUAAAAGCAAGCCUUCCUAUACUAACAUCAAGCUGGAGUCCUGAUUGUUCAAUGAUAUUGUAUUCCCAAGGUGGAAAUUUGCUUCUUCAGUCAUUUAAUUCUAAUUCCAAACCAUAUAAGUGGCAUGCACAUGAUAAUCUUAUUUUGAUUGCUUGUUGGAAUCCAACAAAUGGAUUUAUAGCUUCUGGUGGCGAAGACUGUAAGUACAAGGUAUGGGACGCUACCGGUCAUCAACUAUAUUGCAGUAUUGCUGGUGAUCAUCCAGUGACAGCAAUUAGCUGGUGUCACUCUUCCGGCAGUUAUUUUGCUGUUGGAUCUUUCAAUACAAUCAAGCUUUGUGAUAAAAAUGGGUGGUCACAUUCUAUGGAGAAAGUAAAUACUGGAAGCAUUUAUGGCAUAGCUUGGUCUAGCGAUAAUACGCAAGUGGCUAUGGCAUGCAGUAAUGGAAAACUUUUGACUGGACAUGUUAUAGAUAGGAGAUUAGAAUGGGAUAAUUAUGAAGCUACUUUGAUAAGAAGAAAAGUAAUCGAGGUUAGAGAAGUUGGCAAUGAAGUUCGUGAAGUAUUAGAAAUCUCUGAUCGUGUUGUACAUCUUGAAUUUGGCUUUGAUCAUUUAGUCGUCAUCACACCCGCUCAAUGCCAUGUAUACUCUGUGACAAAUUGGAAUACACCUGCGAUAUUUAACUUAAAGACAAGUACCAUAUCUGCUGUACUUCUUGCAAAAAAGCAUUUCUUAAUAGUGGAAUUGAAUACUGUAUCAUUAUACAGUUAUCAAGGCCGUUUACUGGGUAGUCCAAGAUGGAAAGGUUUUUCUUCAGAACCACUUUAUCCUAUUUGUAUAUCAUUGUGUGCUGAUACUUUGGUUGUAAAGGACCAAAACAAUGAAAAACUGCUUCAUAUCUUGGAAAUACCGUACAACAAACCGAUAGUAGAAGUUGCAAUAAGAACUAUAGGCUUUGGGAAAAUAUGUAAAAUAGCUGCAAUGGCACAAAAUAUUGCAUGGGCAACUGACGCAAAUAUAUUAGCUGCAAUGUUGGACGCAAAUCUAUCAGUAUGGCUAUGUCCUAAUUGUGUUCAUUAUAGUGAUCGCAAAAUAAUACGGCAAGCAAGAAUUGAUAAGGAAAGCAGUGAAUUUGGAAAACAGCCUAACAUCGUCAGUGUUCGUAAUGGUAUGGUUAUGGUGAGACGUGGAGAUGGUGCUAUUGUAGCUUCAUCUUUUUACAAUCUCUUUACAAGUUUUCACGAACACAUAUCAAACAAAAAGUUAAAAGAAGCACUUUCUCUCUGUCGUAUUGCUCAGAAUGAGAUACUGUGGACUUGUAUGGCUAUCAUGGCAACUGAUCAUAAAGAAUUACAUGCUGCAGAAGAAGCUUAUGCUGCUAUUUGUAGAUUUGAUAAAGUCGAUUAUAUUAAAUAUAUAAAGAAUUUACCUACUGCUACAGAAAGAAAUGCGGAAAUGGCAUUAUUGGCAGGGGAUUUGUCAAUGGCUGAAGGUAUACUGUUGCAAAACAAUCUAAUUAAGGAGGCUAUACAUAUCAACGUUCAAAUUUAUAAUUGGAAUAGCUAUGCAAAUUUGGGUCUGGAUAGAUCCUAA